AUGACGCUACAGACUAUCAGGCGAUUAGUUCUUGGCCAAACACGAUCGACUCCCAACUAUCCAAUAGACCCUACCGACACCAUACUGCCAGUCUUCUACUUCGAUGAUACGCCGCUCCUGCGUAACUAUGUACAAUGUUCAACGCUCAGGUUCAACGACGCGCUGGAUGCAACGAUGCUCAGCGAUUCUUUGUCUCGAGUGAUCACUCUUCUGGGAUGGAGGAAGCUUGGCGGACGUAUCCGAAUAAAUAGCAAAGAAAAACUCGAAAUUCACGUCCCGAAGACUUUUUCUUCGCAACGACCUGCUUUUGGGUUUCACCAGACCACCUUCGACGUUAACAUAGAUGAACACCCUGUAGCAUCCAAGCUCCCAAGACCAACUCGGGAGAAACUGUCUAUCCAAGAGCAGCUCCCUGAGUUUAACACUUUAGGAGUUCCACCAGGUACUCCGCUCUGUCUGGACGACUAUCUCAAGUCUGAUCACCCACAAUUAACACUUCAUAUUGUAUCUUUCACAGAUGCGACUCUGGUAUCGAUCUGUUGGCCUCAUAUCGCUGUUGAUGGGAUGAGUCUAGCUCAGCUUGGUCAUGCAUGGAGUCUUGCAGUUGCCGGACGUGUAUCAGAGAUUCCGCCCAUGCUGUCAGCGGAUGAUGAUCCCAUGGCCACCGCAGGACGCAAUUCUGCUUUCACAGAGGCACAUCCCCUGGAAAAACAGCGAAUUACAGGUUGGAGAACGUAUAUCUUUGCGUUUUACUACAUUCUGGAUCUAAUAUGGUGGCGAACCGUUGAAAGCAAAGUGCUUUUCCUACCAAAGACAGUUGUCAAAGAGCUACGCAGUCAAGCUACAUCAACCCUCAGAAAAGGACAUCCGGCUCCAUUCGUUCAAACCGCUCUGUCACCAUCGGGAACGCGUAUGAUCUCCGAGGCCAGUCUCACGAGGGAUGCAUUGGAUCUUUCCGGAAUACCGCCUCUGUUUGGAGACGUCAACCAGUUUACCAUCCAUUUUGCUAGUGUUAGAGCCAAUCUAGCAGAAUCACUGGACUUUAGCCCAGCCAUGAAGAGCAGUUUCCGAUCAAGCGAACAUAACGAACCAGUCAAGGAUGUCUGGGCAGCCUCUCCAGGUCAUCCUGUUUACUACCACAUCAAGUGUAUCAGUCCAAACAAUAUGCUCGCGAGGAAUUAUUCUCUAAUUAGCAAGACUUCAACUGGUGAUUAUUGGAUUAAUGGGAAUUAUCCACCCAAGGUGUGGAAGUUGAUGGAGUUAAUGCUUCAAAGGUUCAGUUUCGUUGGCGAUCAAUGA